GACGCACACCGAUGCUUCGAGACAGGCCGCUUUAACCGUGGACUGCUCGACGCCGCUUUUGGUGUAUUUUUUUUUUUUUUUUUGCUCCUGCAACUGGCACCGUGCAACGGCCGUCGGAGUGGUUUCAGCCCCGGAGAAAGACUGAACUGCAGAAGUGUCUUCGGUGUGUGAUCGUCACGAUGCGCUAGGUACGUGUCCCGGCUACCGCGCGCUGUGGGACUCGAUCCGGCCGGCCGCCCGCCGACGCGACGCAAAUCGCCAGCUCGAACCACGGCCGCGGAUGAAAGCGAGCGCGUCUCUGCUCAGCCAGAGGGGCCCGAUCGCCGGCGCGUUCCUCCGAGGUCGACAACUGUUUCGAUACGUUGCAACUGCGGCGAAGCUUCGAGACGCCGCGCUGCGUCGAUCUCGCGGAAACGGUCGGCUCCGACGCGCCAGCAAUCGUCGCCACCUUCGCCCAGCCACAAAGCCACCACGAACGUCAACGGCUACUUCGAGGCGCGGUACGGAUUACGGCGGGCGAUGAUGGUGACGUGCGGACUGCCAUCCGAAUGUUGCUCGAACGAAACGCGCACGCGUUUCAACGUCGCAGCGAGGGAUAAGGCGAAGACGCCUUGUAUCGAAACGGAAGGGGACGCUUCGGCUGGCACAGAGGCAUCGAAAGGUUGCGCUGGCUACAGAUGCGAAGAACGAGUUGGCGCAAAUGCGGAAGAAUACCUUGUGCCAGUAGUUGCCUCCGCGGGACGAAAACGAAGGAUCCCGCAAGGAAAAACCACGAACCAGCAGGUUCGCGCCAGCCAAGUCGGCAAAAAACAGAGUUCCGUACUUGAAGCCACGGCAAGUACAACGCGUCAGCAGGCUGAGCAAUCAGCAGUUCUCUCAGAAAACGUUCGCAAGCGUAAAGGCCGUUCGACGACUUCUGGCGGUGCGGCCGCAGUACAGCAGGGACGUACCCGAGUUAAAAGAGCAACGCUGGCAAAGCGUCGAAAGCUGACUCAGGAGGGCGAGCAACGACUCAAGCAAGGCGAAAUGAAUGGCCUUCAAGAAAAUGGUCGGCGUCAAGUCGUCGACCGAGGGCCUCCAGCGCCCGUGAAGCAACGAACGCGCAGUGCGUCGAAGACUGUGGCUGCAAAGAAAGCAGCCCUAAGCAGGACAUGCAGUGCAUCUAACAACAAGGCAUCGAAGAACGAUGUCAGCACAAGCAAUGACACCAUCGGACCCGCAGUGCAGUUUCAUUCGCUGGGACCGUCGUGCAACAAAACGCCUUCCUGUGGGCCUCUUGGACUUGUUGCGUUCGUGCAACCGUCUUCUGCCGCAAAGGGCGAAGGUCGACUGCUUCUCAACGGCGACGCAACUGAUCCCCAGGGGAUAACGACGACGUCGGCUACCGUCCCUGGUUCCAGUGAGGUACCAUGUACCGUAACGGAAGACCCACCCAAUCAGGGGACAUUCGAGCGCGUUUCUGUGAAAGUGGAGCCGAACCUCGUCGCGAUGGAAACAGCUGUUUUUAAGGAUCCUGUAGAGGAAAGCGAUGGUGUCUGUUCAAAUCGUGCCGUAUACGUGGGACCACGUUUUGACACAGGGGACCGGGAUUCUCCUGCCAAUAUACGUGUCCUGUCCUCAACUUAUCGCGAAGCGGUUCACACAGAUGACAUCGGGGCCUGUCAACAUAAUGUAUUCAUAGACCUGACGGAAAAUGAUUGUCCAUCAACAACUGGCCUACUGAUUUCGUCUCCUGGCUCAGAGGGUGAUGGGAGUGACUUGGAUGGUGCGACCUGUUCGCUUCCGACCCCAAACAAUUGUACCAGUCGCCUCGGAGCUCAAGAGUUGAGUGCGGAAGUAAACAAACAGGCCAGUGUAACGAGCGAUAGUAUCGGGCUUCGAGAUUUCGCUCAACCAAAAGCUCCUGAGGAUUCUGCGAACGCAGCUACCAUUGCCGAGUGCCAUUGCAGCGAAGAAGGCACAACGACUUCGGGACACAUUCGCGAAGCUGAGACAGCCGGCGCUAUCGCUCGUCCGAAUGAACCAGUAUUAGCACUGGUCAGCUCGCCCCAAAAGGGCCAUCAGUCUUCGCUGAUGUCAUCUGAUGAUGGCAGCAGUAUUGCUGCAGCCGAUAAAUGCGCUUCAUCGCAAGGGUGCUCAGAAGACCGAGACUCGAUUUUAGGUGCUGAACGCGCCUCCCCCGAGCAGAGGGAGAGAGGAGGUGAUGUGCAGGGUGCCUCUGGCAUCGUUCCAGCUCAGUAUAGACGGCCGGCCGUUCUUGGACCUCUUGUUGCCCCCGAAGAAUACUCAUCGCGAAUGCGACCUGCAGACGAGAACAUCGCGCCUCAGCGGUGUGAAGAUAGUGAUGUCCCUGUACCAGAUAGUGUUGCUUCCAGGGGAAGUGGGUGUUGCGACGAUUGUAAGCUUGUCUAUUCUGUAGAGCGUGGGAACUGCAAUGAACGACUCAGGCAGUGCUGGGAUGCACCGCGCAAAAACAUUGCCCCUCAACCGAAUAAGGGUGCUGGUGACGAAAUUCAUAUUCCGUCCAGUAUCCCGCUUUCCUUUGAAGGAAUGUCCAUCGAUAACACGUCUGGCACUAGACCCGAGAGCCCCCUUUCAUGUCAACAAUGGGACUCCGAAAAUGGCGACAGCGGGAAUGUUUUGUCCGAAAACCCUUCUGCUCAGAAGAGGAGGUCGGAGCACGGCGACGUGCUUGGGGAUAGCCAAAACAUUCCGCGCGAGCAAGGUUGGCCUUCCGAACCGAGUCUCUGUGCCACUGAUAGCGUACGUGUCGAACCCAGACGGCUUGCCGACGGUGACAGGCUUGGUGCGCACCCCGAGCACCAGAGACGAUCUGGAGUCACCGACGUCGUGGGCGAGUCGGAAACUUCUUUUGGAAGGAGUUUGGUCACUGACGAACGGCUUGAUACGUCGUGGAGACAGUAUCUGUGUGUGGAUGUACCAGUUACUGCCGACAAAAACGCCCCGUUUCAGCAGAGACAGUGCGGCGAUGAUGAUUUCCUUGUCCCGUCAACAAGCAUGGCUCCUCCAAAGACGACCAAACCCGAACAGGGUGUUCGCGUUGAGCACCAAAACUGUCUGCAAGAGCCUAGGGAGUCCCCAGUUCCCAUUCCCUAUACCUUUCCACUACAACAAAGAUUGGAUCAGACUCUUGAUGGGAGGAUUUUUGUACCUGCCGAGUCUGAGGGGUCUGCUGCUGAGCGCAGACAAUCGGCAGACAAGACGGUCGCUGAAAUUGAAAGCAUUCUUACCCAGCGGACGUGGCGCCCAUUCAGUUUGGUUGCUACUUUGGAGCGAUCGCCUUUUUUGCGAAGGCCGUCUGCGCUUGAAGAAACGCGUGUUGCGCAAUCAGUUUCCUCUGAGCUUGCCCAACCUGUAGCUAACCCGUCUGGUGCCUCUGAGAAACUUUGUCAACACAGAAAGAACGGCGCCGAUGGCGUCGCUGAGGCUCAACACUCACUUCGUGAACAGAUGCAGUCUGCAAGUAAUGACGUCCAACCUUCCCAGCUCGGACAGUCCGCCAACGAGGAGCCUCCGUCGCAGUCCGACGAAAUUCCAUCUCCGGAAAGUCGAUCUACGGAUUAUAGCAGGCCGAUUGAGGCAACCGAGGGCGAGAGGUUUCGAUCUUUUUUGAUGCAAUACAAUGCCAAUGGAGCGCUCGUGCCUGAACGCGUUUCUUCACCUCGAAGGGGGCCUGGUACUUCCGAGAGCGUUUCCCAGCAAAUGCCGUACGUGCGUGAGGAACCCAUGCCUGUCGCGCAAACCGAGAGUCUGUCUACUGAUCAGGCGCAUGCGGAUGACGACCCGCUUGUCGUGUCAGUAAACUCCCCCCCUGCUCGGUUUGGUAGGCGGGCCGGUUUAUCUGAGCGUACGAACAUCGCACGCAAGGUGAAGGCGCAUUGGGGGAAUGACAGUCAGACCCUUCUCGCACGGUCUGUGGAUUAUACCUCUUUCGUUGAGUCUGAGGUGCCUGCUUUCCUGCCCAGACGUUCUGCAGAUGAUUCACUUGUGUCGCAAAGCAUUUCUUCCCAGCCUAGGGCGCCUGCUAUCAAUGAGGCAGGUGCAGCGUCCAGUGGCGUUGCUUCUUUUGAAAACCCGCCUGCAGAUGACGAAGUAAUCGUCGUGUCCCAAGUGUUUCCGCUUUGGUGGAGGAGCUCUGCAGCCGAGGAUGACGUUGUGAUUAUUGAAUCUUCGGAUUCAGGUAGUGGGAGGAGAGAGUGGAAAAGCGAUACGUCCGAGACCGCCUCCUCCUCUGAACGCAGAUGGUCAUAUUACAACGCCCCUGCCGGUGAAGGGACAAACUUUAGUCGCGAUCGCAUGGUCGACUUCCACACUGCGAUAGCUUUUUACGUGCUGCGGCGGUGCGGAGAACAGGAGGCAGCGCAUCGAUUAAUUAGUCUGUACUGCGAUGGCAGGCACAGCCGUUCGACCGAAGCCUACAUCGCAGAAUUACGCGGUAUAAUGCACUCUGCCCUCGUGCGCAAUAGGUUGCAAUGUAACCGGAUCACGGCAGCGCUUCGUACAAUCGGGAACCUACAGUGUGAUUGAGCGGUUCCGCGACGUCGCGGCGAACGGCCGUUAUAAGUGAUCAUAUGUUUCUGAAGUGUCCUACAAGUUAGGAGGUCGAGUAAAGAUUUGUUUUAAGGAUGCUGAAACACAAGUUUGUGAUACACAAUUUUAUUAAGAGCCUAAUACAUUAGUGUGCUCAGCUAUGUCAAAACUCGCCGAAAUAAAGUUCUGCCUGCUGA